UAAAUUGUUAUUAAAUUUACUUUAAAAUAUUGUCAAAAGGUCCAUGCACCAGUAGCGCAUAAAAUUGCGUGAUUUGUUGCAGCGCAAAUGCACGAAAAUCGAAUAAAGUGAACUACACAGCGAAAAAGAUAUAAAAAGUACAUGUCGAAUUCAAACAAGAAAGUGCUGCAGGUAUUAGUUUAUAGCUAUAGUAGUAGAUAGCACUAGCAGGAACAGUGUAAUUAGUGUAACGAAAAACGAGUUAAAAUCGAUAAGGUCGAAACGGGUAAAAACAUGUCCAACAAUGACGCAAAUGAGCAGGCCGCACAUAUCAGCAAUCUACAGGAGAGCUUUUCCAAGCAACAGAAAAAGAUAUCGGCGUUGAAGGAACUUGUACGUAAAUCCGAGGUCGCGCACGGAAAAUCUACUUCAACUGCGCAAGAAAAAGUCAAAAACAUUGCCCAGCGUUUAACACACCUUAAAAUAAAAGCGCGUUCACGUCAAAGCCCGCCGGCUAAUACUCCAACAACCGUACAGGAGAAUGUACCUACAAUUGUGCCAAAUGAAGCGAGUGGGCCGUUGGUGGAGCAAGAGCAACCGCAACAACACCAAGCUCCUCAUUUAGCGCACUCGCUUUCCUAUGCGGAGUCCACAGUUGGCGGUUCUCCGCAUUUUACACCGUUAAAGGCCCAGCAACGCAGCGAGUCCAGCAAAUCACUUUCGAGUAGCUCCACGCCAGGUAGCGAAAAAGUGUUGCUGCUCCGUAAGCAAAUGGAACAGAAUAAAUUGUUAAUGGCACAGCGCGCAUCAAGUAAACAACAUUUGGAGCAGCUCGUUUCACAGCUGAAAGAGAAAUUCGAUACGACACAACAAUGCUUGGAAGAUACAACAGAACUGGGCAAAUCGAUGAGUGAUCUCAGCGCAUUGAUGGUGCGCUCACCCGCGUCUCGUGAUCGACACAAAUCGGCCACAGAUUUGUCUUCACAGCCGUUCUCUUUGGAAAAAGAGCGCAUAAAGUUCCUCGAAAAUCGUUGCCGCCUACUAGAAAAGCAACUUGAGAAAGAGCGCCAAGCGCACGGACACCAAGAUGUAGCAGUUGCUAACGAAUCAGCAAAUCAAAAGCGACUAAAGGAAUUAGAAAAUAAAGUGGUGGAAUUGGAAAAAGCACUGCAAGAGCAUCAGCGCGAAAUUGAUAGCAAAAUGGGCGAGACUCAGCAUUUGGCCGAAGAAUUAGAGCGCACACGCUCAGAGUUAAAUGCUAAAGAUGAAGAACUUUGCCUAAUGAGAUUGAAACAGCGCGACAAUGCAAAUGAACUAUACGAAUUAGCCGAUUUGGAGAAUAACGAUAUCGACAGACUUCACAUAGAAUUAGCAGAGAAGAACACACGCAUUAAUGAAUUGGAAGAGAUCAACGAUAUGCUAGAGUCGACACGCUGUGAUCUGUCAUUGAAGAAUAAUCAAUUUGAAGAGCAAUUGCAGCAAAUGAAAGCCGAACUAAAUACAGCAUAUGAAAAGCUACAAUCCCUGCAGGAAGAAUUUCAGCGCACUGAGGGAAAAUCUGCUUCCCUGGAGGAGACAAUCGAGAAGUUGCAGAAUUCCACUGAAGCAGUCAUUGUAGAAUCUAAAAGUGACAGUAAAACCAGUCUACAGGUUAACGAGGAAAUGGCCAAACAGAUACAGGAGCUUUGUGAUGAACGUGAUAAGCUGUUGGAAGAGAAUCGUCAGCUGAAAGAAACAAUCAGCGAACAAGAGAAGCUGGAAGUGUCUGACACCAGCAUCGCUGAGAAAAUUGUCGCACUAGAAGCAACAAUCGAGAGCCAACGCGCAGAUCUUAAAGACCGCCAGACCGUGGUGAGCCGCUUGGAAGAGGAAGUAAUGGAAAAAACCAUCGAGCUUAAUGUGCUCAACGAAAAUUUCAAAGUACUAGAAGAAAAGCUCGAAACCAGUAGCAAAAGCAAGUCAUUGUUCUCUACAAGUGGUGGUGAUGCAGCAGAUAACGCAGAAUUACAAGCAGAAAUACAACAACUGAAGCAAAAAUUAGACGAAUCUAAUAAGGCUAUGAUAAAAUUGAAAUUAAAAUGUAAACAAACCGAGAAACAGGUAGAGAAGUUGAAGAAGAGCUCCGAUUUAAACGCUGAAAUUGUGCGUUUAGAAGCAUUGAACGAGGAAUUACAGCAAAAAAUCAUUGAGUUAGAAGAUGAGAAGGGCCAGUGGCAGUUAACUCAAGUAGACGCUGCUGUAAAAUCGCCAGAUACUGACCGCAUAAAUGAGCAGCAAAAGGUUCUUGCCGAAUUAGAAGAACAAAUCAAAACGCAAACGGAAACAAUUAGGCUGUUAGAAGAGGAAAAAUACGAGCAGACACAGCGCCUUGAAGAAGCAGAGAAAAAGCUGUGUGAUUUGCAAGAAAAAAUCAUCAGCAAGGAAGGUGAAGAAAGUGCGCGCGUUAAGUCUGAAAUGUCCGAAAUACAUUUGGAGGAGAAAGUAGAAGAACAGGCCCAACAGCUGCAGCAGCUGGAAGAGCGUUUGUCUAAUGCGGUCGCCGACGCGGAAGAACAGAAGCAGAAAUUGGCUGAUUUGCAGGAACAAAAGCAAACUGUUGACAAGAAAUUGCAGAAUUAUAUGGUCGAAAACAUGGAACUGUUGGAUAAACUUGAAAAACUCAGUAAAUCGUCAUCCUCAGCCGAAUCAAUUGAAAUUGUUGAACGGUUAACGCAGCAGGAGCGCGCCGAAAUCGACGAAUAUAAUAAGCGACUUGAUGAAAACGUAGUCAGUUCUGUAAAUGAACUCACCCAAACUGAGCUGGCACCUGAGCUUAGCGAUAGCCUCUGCAAGUUGCGCGAGGAAAGCUCUGAGUUGAUGAAUAAAAUUGAACUGUUUACAACAGAGCGCCGUGAAGUGCUGGAACGCAUGGAACAUUUAACCGCCGAAAAUCACGAACUCGUACAGAAAGUAGAAGAACUCACGCGCGAAAAGGACGAAAUGGAGACGAACGUACUGUUGGCAAAUGACGCCAAAGUAAAGCUGGAAGAGCGCGUCAAGGAGCUGAGCAAAGAGAAAGAUCAGCUUGCCGUGCAAGUAUCUGAAUUUAAGGUGCAAGGCAACCAAAUCUCACAAGGACUCUCAUCGUUGCAAAAGUCCUCGGAAGUAGUUGGUGCACUCGACAGCAAGCAAGAUGCAGCGCUCUUUGAAAAAUGUGAGAAAUGUCUCACGAAUUUGAAUCAUGAAUUGGAGAUCUACCGCAAGGCUAGUGAUAAAAAUUCCAAAAUCCUCGCUUCUAAGAAGUUAGCCAAAGAAGCCAAGAACGCACACACACAACUCAGCGAAUUGCUGCAAAAGGUAAAAGAGGCCAGCACAGCGGUGGAAACAGUAACUGUUGUGGAAACAGUCGUCGCAGUGACUGCGCCCAACGGCAAGGCGUUGGCAGAAUACGAACAACUGACCACGCAAAACAGGCUUCUCAAGGAAACAAUCGAAGAGUUGCGUCGAGAACUGAGCGAAGCGCAUGAGGGUGAUGGCGCUGUUGCCACGGUAGAACCAACACCAGCAGUGGCGCCAGUAGCAGCGCUGACCGAGGAUCAAACAGCUAAAGAGGAACGUGAAAAGCAAUUGGAGGUGCUUAAAAAAUAUGAAGAGCAGUGUGUGGAAUUGCAAUCGAUCGUGGAGAGUUUACGCUUGCAGUUAAUAGAGGCACGCACAGCGGGCGAAGAGCGGAGCGGCGAAAUAACGCAAUUAAAUGAAGAGUUGAAAUUGUUAAAGAAGACUGCAAGCGAAUUUGAAAACUUGCUAAAAGAAAAGGAUUUAUCACACGAAAUGGAGGUUAAGGAGAUAACGCGUUUGAGAAAGGAGUUGGAAGGCAAAUGCGAUACCUACGAGGGUGAAAUGAUCAUUCUGCAAACGCUCGUCACUGAACAGAAGCAACAACUAAUAGAAGCCUACAAGGAGCAUGAGCACGAAAACAACAUGAAGCUCUUAGAGCUGCAGGAGCGCGACGAGCAAAUAACGCAGCUGCGCGGCGAACUCAAAGAACUAAAGCAUUCGCUAGAAUCCGCAGGCGAUCAGUUGUCCGAAGAUCUCCGCAAAGAGUGCGAGAAACUGCGCGAAGCACUGAAGAUAAAUAAGAACUUAGUGACCGAGCAAGUCAAUGAGCUUUCAAAUAAGCAAGAAACCAUCGAAGCGCUAAAUCAACAAAUAAUUGACUUGUACAAAUCUAUGGAGGAGAAUGCUAACAAAAUCAUUGAGAAAGAGGAUGAAAUCAACGACAUGAAAAACAUUAUCGACCGCAAUACUAAAGAGCUGGAGCAUUUGCGCAAAGAUAACGACGAAGAGAAGUCGGUAGUUGACAAAUUAUUGAUUGAGCUUCAUAGCCAUCGGACCACCGUUGAGCAGAUACCGCAGCUAGAAAGCGAUGUUCAGCGAUUGCAGCAAGAAAACCAAAGAUUGGAUCAAAGCAAUAAGGAGCUUGAGAAACGUAACAAAGAACAGCUGGAGAAACUGAAGAAAUAUGCAGCUAAUUUGAAGAAACGCGCCACUCAAUGCCAAGAGUUGGAAGCCAAAGUGAGUGAGCUGGAAAAGGGUAGCUUGGAAGCAAUGCAAACCAAGCAACAAAAUGCAAGCCAUGAGCAAUCGUUGGCAGACACAGUAAUGAGCCUGGAAGAACAAGUCGAAAGAUUAAAGGCCCAACUCGAAGCGAAAGAUAAGGAAGCCGCAGAGGCAACCGAAAUCGGUGAUAAUUUGAAAAGCCAACUUGAGCAAUUGGAGCGUUCCUUGUCGGAGAAGAACAGCGAGAUAGUACACUUGCAAGUGGCGCUGGUCGAUGCGCAAGACCAAGCCUCAGGUUGGGGUGACACUGAGCUGGAGGUGCCCAAAGAGAAUAACGAAGAAAACGAAGAGCUAAAGAAGAAGUUGGAGGAAAAGACACACAAACUGCAGGAGGCCGAAGCAGAAAUCUACAGCAUGCAGGAGGAAUUGAUACAAGUGCGCGAAAGCGAGCGCGAAAAAUAUUGCGCCAUCAGAGACAUACAGGAAGCGAUCGAAGAAAAGGUGAAAACAUAUGAGGAACGACUGCAAACGCUCAACGAAGAGCUCAAAGCAAAGUCACUAAAAUUCGAAAAAUCAAAAGCGGUCAUUAAGGAGCGAAACAAUCAGAUACAACGUUUGCAAGCGCAACUGAAGGACCUUCAAGACAAGCUGAGCGCGCGUCCCGAAGAAGAGUACAUUGGCUCGCCUCAGCGCAUCGCAGCUCUAAGCGUAGCGCCACCACCGCCAGCGCAGCUUCAAGUGCCCAAGGAGGUCUACGACGAACUACAGGCGGCCUACGAAAAGUUGAAUGAACGUUUCAAUGCAGAGCAAGGAACCUUCCAGGCUACCAUUAGCCGUCUGGAGACUUUGCACGACGGCAUACAAGCUAAGCUGCAGGAGAAUAUGUCCUAUAUUGAGACGCUAGAGCAGGAGAAUAAUGCUUACAGCGAGAAAAUUUGCAGACUUGAGGAGGGCAUUGCCACUUUCGAGGAGCGCCGUGCCUCAAUGGAACGCCGCACGAAUAUACUUUGUGCACAAAUGGAAACACGUGAAACCGAGCACGAGAAAGCAGAGGAUGAGCUCAUCUACCGGCUGAAUAUGCUCUCCGAGCACGAUGAUGUCAUCGCUCAGCGCCUGCUGCAGACCCAAGAAGAAAAAGAUGAACUUUUGGAUCGCAUCGAGCGCAUACAAUCCGAGUUCAACCAACUCAGCAGCAGCUAUGCCAAAAUGGAAAAAGAUUAUCAGCUAUAUCGCGAACAGAGUGAGUCUACCCUUGAAACAGAGACUCAAACGCUACGGGAACAACUCUCCGCCGCACGUGCCGAAGCGGAACACCAGCGUAGCGUUUACGACGCCAAGCUGGCCGCCAAAACCACUGAACUCGAUGAGCUAGAAAGUGAAUUAAGUGAGCAAUUAUCCAAAAUGAAUACUGAGAAGCGCGCCACGGCAGAAGGUCUAGAGCGCGCACGGGAUGAGUGCAAUGAGCAUAAAGAUGAGAUUGUGCGGCUCAAAGAGUCGAUAAACGCUUUGGAGCAGGCCAAGCAGGAGCUGGAACGGGAGGCAACUUGGCUGCGCAUGCAAAAUGAAGGAAGUCAGCAGGAUCAAUAUGAGUUGCAGGAGCUGCGCAUGCAAACAAUGCAGGAUAAAACGGAAAUCGAUAAUUUGCGCCAUCAAAUCGAAACGCUGGCGGCCAAUCAUGAAGUGGAGCUGCAGGCGCUGCGCACACAGAUCUCCGAAUUGGAUACCUUGCGCAUGCAGGUUGGCCAAAACCAGACAGACGAUCAAGUAUUCAUCGAAACGGAGAACAAGCGCUUGACAGACUUACUUGCGGAGAAGGAAGCGAUUAUCGAAAAUUAUCAGCGCCAAAACUUGCAGCUACAGAUGUCAGCCGCCGCCGCAGCACAGUCACAAGCGGUUGCAUCCGCAACACAGCAUGAUCCACUUGCCUUGGCGUUCGGCUUGACACCACCUUCAAGCGCCGCCACGCCAUCAACAAGUCAAUCAGCUUCGUCAGACGAGGAAAGCGCUCGGCUACAGCGCGAACUGCUAGAAAAGAAUGAUCAGAUUGCGCGACUCCAACGUGAAUUGACUACAGCGCAAUCCGAAUUCCACAAUGUGCUCGAAGGCAAUCAUGAAUUGCAGCGACAGCUAUUGGCGAAGAACCAAGAAAUCGAAAAUCUGCGAAGCUCCAACUACAGCACCCCCACAGCCGCUGCGCUUUUUGGGCAGCCGACGCAACAGGACGUUAUACCAGCGCCUCCGCUCUUCUUCUCCACCGAACAAGCGGUGCCAUCAGCCUUCGAUGAGAUCGUGCAAGUGCGUACAGUUGAAAAUCUCGAGAGUAACAGACGCGUACGAGGCGGUGACGAUAUAAACAGCACACUCGAGCAACCCACAAUCGAAGAUCUGCAGCGCAACGUGUCCGAUUUGGAGAAACAUGCGCAGGAUCUGGAGAAUAAGUUGGCCACCCGCAAUCAGCGCGAGUUGGAAAUUGAAGAACGAUUGCGGGAGAAUCAGCGGGCAUUCGGUGAAUUAGAACGACAACUGCGGGAGCGCACCGAAGAGCUCCAUGCUGUGCGCACUGAAUUGCAGCAGGUGCUGGAUGAAAACGUGGCGCUUAAGCAGGCGAACGCGAUUGCGCUACAGCAAGUCGAACAGUUGACGAGCAGCAGUUCAGCGGCAGAGCGCACACUUUGUGAGCGUGAUGAACAACUGAGAGCGCUGGAAAAGAGUUUACAACAGAGGCAGGCCAACAACGACAGCCAGGCAUCUGAUUUGAUGGGCCUAGGACAAUUGCAAGGCAACUUGGAACAGUUGCAAACAGUGCUGCAGCAACGGGACGACGAGUUGGAGCAGCUGCGGCGCGCACUGGAUGACGAAAAGACGCUGAAGGAGCGCACCUCAGCGCUUGAGAGCCAAAUUAUACCAGACUCAUUAGCGAACUUACAGUUGGAUGGCGUGCCGAAUCCAGUGCCCACACUGGAUAUGUUCUUCGGUGGUGUUGGCGGCGCUGGAACUGAUUUCGAGACUCUAAUCGUACCACCCGUAUCUAACGAGCCUGUAGUAGAAGCGCCAAUUGUGCCCGAAAAAGCGUAUAUUUGUCAACCACAUGGCGAGCAGACUGUGCACCGGGAAGCAAAAACGCCUGCAUUUGAUCUGGAUGCUGAUUGGGGUGACGCGUGGGGUGCGCAAGAAGCUGCUGCUGAAGCGGAACACUUCUCCAAGACAACGGCUGCCAGUUUAGGCACAGCUGUGUCUUUAGUGCCGCGCGAACAACAACUGGAACUACAAUUGGCCGAGCAGGCGGAGCGCAUUGCUGAACUGCAGCUAUCGGUCGAGCGUUGCGAGCAACAAAAGCAAGAGUUGCAGGUGAAAUCCGGCAAGCUAAUGAAGAAACUCAAGGAGUAUAAGACAAAGAUCGAUGAGUUGCAGAGCAGCGCGACAAAUGCGUCAGCUUCAUUCUUCGACUUGGACGCUGCCAUACAGGAUGAACUCAAGGCGCAAAUUAAGCAAUUAGAGGAGCGCUUGGAGGAAGAGCGCAAACAGCAUGAAUUGCAUGGGGUUGAGAAAGAGAAAUUGCUAAAGCGCAUCGAUGUACUGACGGCUGGCAGCGAACGCAUGGCCGAAAUGAAGGAGCGCCAAGAUAUGGAAGUGCAAAUGUAUCAGGCGAGAAUACAGGAACUGCAGGCGAAGGUGAAUAAGUUGGAAGAUUGGGGACCAGAUGCGGAGCCAAGUGCAGGAGCAGCAGAAGAAGCAACGUCGCAGCAACAGGCAGAAGCACUGUCGACUGCACGUGUUGCCAACAACAUUCAGGUCCAGCUCUCGGCGCUUUCACCCAGCUGGGAAACAGAGAGGCAACAGCUCAGCCAAACUAUCGCUGAACUUACUGCAGAAAUACAAGACAUCAAUGUGGACCGUCAAGAACUGCAAGCGCUACUGGAAGAUGAAAAAGCAAAUGCACUGCGCGCAGAGGAAGCUCAGAAGGUACUACAGCAGCAGUUAUCCGCUCGCGAUAGCGAAUCAGUGGCAAAUGCAAGCGCCGAGAAGACGAAAUACACCGACCUUAAGGCGGAGCAUCAGCAGUUGCAAGAAAAGUAUAACACUUUGCAUGCAGCCUACGAAGAGCAAACUGGGGAGUUGAAUCGCUUGAAGGUGCGCGAAGAGCAACUCAGUGCUGCCUUACAGGAGGCAGAGCGCAACUUGGCAUUGAGCCAAGCGUCGAGUGCACGAGAGGAACAACUGAAAGCAGAGCUGUCUAAGACCGAAAGCAAUUUAUCACAGGCAAAUGCUGCACUGACACGGCUUGAAGCCGAUCUCGAUGCAGUUCAGACGCAGCUGCUGGAAUUACAAACGAGAAACGCCGAGCUAUUGCAAGCAAACGAAGAGCUGCAAAAUGCUAACGCAGCGACGGCUGUCACAGUAAAUGCAGAACUCCUCAGCAAUGAGAAUGCUCAACUGCAUGCACAAAACGAAGCCUUAGAGCAGCGCGUUAAACAGCUCGAGGAAGUUGCUGCGCACCAAGCGUUGAACUCAGCCCCAACAACUAGCUUCAACACAGCGCCAGCCAGCAGCGUCAACGUUGAUGAACUCAAUGCGCAAUUACAAGAGAAGGAAUCCGAAAUAAUGCAUUUAAAGCAGCGCAUCGAAGACUUGAUGCGCGAAGACCAAACCGAGAAGCUUGUGCUGGAGAUAUUAACAAAGAACCAGGAGAUACACAUGCUGAAGAUGCAAGUGAAAAAUCUGGAGGAUGACAAGCAAGAGCUGGCGCACAACCUUUCCGUGCAGAUCACAAGCGAGAUGCAAGCUAGCAAAGGUGACGUCGAUAGCGAGAACACGAAGUUGCGCCAGCAAAUACAGCAACUGGAACUGCAGCUGGAAGCACUGCAGAGCGAAAAGCGCGACAUGGAGGAGGAACUAAAGGUGCUGAACAACCACGUGCUGAGCAGUCUGGAGAACGAGGACAAGCUUAAAGCGGCGGCAUUGCAACUGGAUACGCAAAACAUUGAAAUUGCCGAACUGCGACGCACAAUCGAAGCACUCAGGGCUAACGGCAGCCCUCCGGUGGCUGAAGAUGGCACACAGCCAGUGGACUACGCCGCUUUGAAUGCCCAGUGGGAGGCGAUUGUCGACCAGAAAUGUGGUGAAAUCGCUAAGAUGUGGCGUGAUCAUUUAGAGCAACGCGAGGCCGAAUUCAAAUUGGCCGAGUCGCGCUUGCGCGAGGAGUUGGCCGCCCAGCGUCAAGCGCAGUCGCACGACCAAGGUACGCAACAUGUCGUUUCCGCUGAAACUACGGCCACAUCAACCCCCGGCUCGGUAUCAACCACGCAGUCGGGCACCUCGUCGGGCACCGCCUCCAAGGAUGGUACACCAUUGCGUCACCGCAUCAUCAACGAGGAGCACGAAGCAGAUGCUGAUGCCAUCAUUGAGAAGAUGCAAGCGGCGCUGGAAAGCCAGGAAAUGGAGAUUGUCACGCUGAAGGAACAGUUGGCAAUACGCUCAGCAGAAUAUGCGCGCUUGGCGGCGCAAUACGAUCCAUUCAAAUUACAGAACACUUCCUCACACAGCGGCAUUAGCGGUGGCGCCACAGUUGAGCAGCGCAGAGGCGCGGCGGUAAGUAGUAAUGAUGCUUCGCUCGUGCCGAAAUCGGAACUAGAUUUCGCGCUAUAUAUGCUGCAUCAACGUGACAUGCGUUGCGAGGAAAUGACGCUGGAAUUGGUAUCGUUGCUGGAGGAGCGCGACACCUUGCAGCUGAAACUGUCGAAUACGCUGCGGCAGGUGGAAGCCCACAAAACGGCUACAAAUUACGUAGAGCCCUCUAAUAUGUCAACAGACAGCGCUGCGCUUGCGUCACCAACGACGGCGCCUGCCAGCCAGACGCAGCGUACAGUGGUUAGCCCAACUGCUGCUGGUUGUGACUCAGCCGAUGAAUUGAGCCAAAAAUUGUCUCAGCUGCAAACUGUCAAUCAUUCCAAGGACAAGGUGAUUAAAGAGGAACGCGAUCAACGCAUACGACAAAUGGAAAAGAUACAACAGGAUGUAGCGAAAAUGCCGCCUGCUGCAGUCUCUGAAUUAGUUGGCACGGACGCAGCUCAAACUGGCCAAUCACCAUCAUCUGUGCUACUAAACUGGCUGUGGGGUAAUAAGCCAGAUGCUGGCAAUUCAGCGCCAAAUUAAAGCAAUAAAUCUACAACAACAAUAUCGACAAUAUACGAACCUAAGCGAACCAACACUGCUAUGAAUUCGUUUUAUUCAUUUUAAGCUGAUUUGGUUCAAAAUGCCAAUGCGAUAUUCAGGUGUCUACCCUUAUGCACCUACACACAUACGUACAUAUGUGCAUCAAUAUUUAUGUACCCCCAAUAUUUUUGCAACAACAAUACGUUGAUGAAUUGAAAUUUAAUUAAUGUACCUUACUUUGUUCUAAAUACUAAAAACUUAUUUACCAAACUGUUAUAAGCGAUUGUAAAUAACACAGAUAAACAGAUGUAAUGCAGUUAUCUUUUUUUAAUUUUUUUUAUGUAUGUAUGUAUGUAUGUAUGCAAUUGCUUAAUUCGAAAAACGAGUAUCUAUACGAAACAUUCAUUCUUUAGCCUAAAACUUAUGCGUAUGUAGUAGUAAAGACAAAGAAAUUUAAGCUGUAUUUAGAAAGUUAUUGGAACUAUAUUGAAUGAUAAUGAAGAAAUAUACAGAAAUUGUUAGUAACUA